AAAGAAAGGAAAAAAGAAAAUAAUAUAAAGAAGAAAAACAAAGCACGAGAAAUUCCAAGAAAAUUAACUUGGCUCAUUCUUGAACUGUUUCUGCGAUUGUUGUCGUGUUCGCAACUAGGUUAAUUGAUGUGUGUGUGAGUGUGAGGUGUGUGUGUGUGUGUGUUUGAGCGCAUCCAUACGAAUUAUAACAAACCAAAUACAAUACAAAUACAAUAAAGUACAGCGUGUGGCACAAGCCCUAAUGAACGUGCAACAAUAGACUGCGCGCGAGCACGAGGCACGCGAUGAAUGCAACAAGGACGCGGACUGCAAUACUUAGAGUCAAGCCAACAGAAAACUAAGACAGCACCUUAGCUGGCAGGCAAGUAGUCACCGAGUCGCCGAGUCGCCGCAUCUUCGAGUCAGCCUUGGAGCAGCCAAUGCAACCAACACAGACACAAAAUGCUGAUACUGCUGCCAUUGCUGAGUAUAUUUGGUAAUAGUCUCAUUGCUGGAGUCGGGGCGAAUCUGAGCUUGGGCUUUAAGGUCAUCAGACUGCCAAGGCAUAUAAAUCCCGCCAAUUGCAGCGUUGGAAACACGACAUUCGCACAUGGAGCCACGUUUAAAUUGGAUUGCAAAACCCAAUGCGUUUGCGAGAAUGGCCGCCAUGCCUGCUCCACACUGUGCCCCAACGAGCAGCUGCCGGCGCCGGAGGAUACGAUUUCAUGCAGAUCGCCGCGUCUCGUCGAGGUGCCCGGCCACUGUUGCAAAAUGUGGCUCUGUGAGAAUCCAACAGCUGAUGUCUAUGCCACCUGCCACAACAGCAGCACCAGCGGCAACUGGACUGGCUGCAGUCGUGCAUGUGGCCUGGGCAUGGCCACAAGACAGACGAGCACCCAUGCCGGCUGCCAUCAAUUGAGCAAUUUACGGCUUUGCGAGAAUCGCAGAUGUGCCCAGGACAAUAAGAAGACGAAGAGCAACAGCCACAGUAGACUAUUAACCGCUGAGCGGCAGCAGAACUUGGCCAGCAGCCAGCUACAUCAGCAGCAUCAUCAGCAAAGGGAGCGGGCAGGAGUACGUCAGAGGAACGGGAAUCGAAAGGGGAAUGUGAAUGGGCUGGAUAUGCAACAGGAGCCCGCACAUAGAAUAAGAAAGGGUCACGAGUGCCGCAGCUUACAGCGCCUGGGCCCGGCGAGAAUUCGACUGGGCGAGUGCGUGUCCCGCAAACUUUAUCGACCAAAACUGUGCGGCAGCUGCCACAGAGGCACCAAAUGCUGCAUUCCGGCUGUUUCCACAACAAUACAGGUCGAGCUGCUGUGCCCCUUAAAUGCCGUUGAUCCAAUUAACUACGUACAAAAGCGAAUACAACAGCAGCACAGGCAACAGGACGAAGCCGCUGAGGCGCAGGCCGAGGCGGGGUCUGAAGGUGAGCGCUGGCAGCCGGAAGGCCAGUUAUGGGACACCGUUGCCUUGGAGCCCAUCGAUCAGGAAUUUCUGCAAUCGCAUCAAAUACAAAUCGAGAAUAAAUUCGUUGCCAUCGAAUGGAUACUGAAAUGUGAAUGCAGCAAGAAUUAUUGCAGUGCUGACAUGGAUGAGAGCAAAAACAGAAACAUUGCCACGAAUGCCACCAAACAUGGUUACCACAAAUACAACAACAACAACAACAACAGCAGCAACAAGAAGAAGAAGAAGAAGCAUGCACAACAACAAAAACAUUAUUACCAUGAAACUAAUGGCCUACAAAAUGAGUUGAACCCAAAACACGAUGCGCUAGAGGAUGUGGCAGGCUACGAAGCCGAGGAGCAGGAGCAGCAGGAGCGACAUGUGGCCAGCGAUGAGGCAGGGCUGAACAGUAAGGUUAGCAACGAGGAGACCUCCUCAUCGGAACAACAGCCCGAUAUUAUACCCUAUCCGCUGAGCGUGGGCGAGACAAGCUGGAAAAGCGAAAAACUGCGCAGAAAGCAACAACAACUUUGGCUUCGCACAUAGCGUAAAAUGAGACUUGAACAUUUCCCGAGCAUGCGUUAAAAAUUGAUCAGUUGAGCGAUAGAACUUAAGAUUUGUACAGCAUAGCGAUAUAAAUGUAUUUUGAAUUAUUGGGAAAUUCAGAUUAAGCUUGUAAAAAAAAAAACAAAAAAAAAACUAAAAUAGUUGCUUGGGAAAUGGUUUAGGAUUUGAGCUAAAUGAGCACUAAGUGUAAGUAUGUGGACAAUUAUCAGAUGGGGGAAAAAACCAGAAAUACAAAAUACGAAAUACCUAACAACAGACAGACAGGCAAAUACUGGCAAACACUACGAUUCUGUAUUUUGUAAUCUUUGAGAGGUAAAUAAAUAAAUAAAUCUUAAAAUACGGCAUUAAUAUGUAUUUUUGCGAGCACGUAUACAGAAAAAUUGCUUACAAUAAAAUUACAAAUCUAUCAAAAUUGCAAUUAACUAAAAAAAUGUUGGCAAUGCUAUGUGAAAAACUGCCCGAAAGAAUAAUCUAAUUUUAAUAUAUAGAUGUACAAUAAAUAGCUUGCUUUUCGGGUGUAUCCAAGCGUUAUUUGAUCGAAAAAAAUGAAAAAAAAAAAUAAAACAGAAGAGUUACAUUGUAUGUUUCAAAUAUAAUUGUGCUAUAUACUCGCUUAUAUCCAGAUGCUUAUGUAAGUGUAUUAAAGACUCCGCUUGAAAAAAAAAAACACAUCAGUUAAAUGUACCAAGUAUUAAACAGUUGAAAUAGAGUAUAAACAUAUAUGCGAACAUUGGGGUAACAAUAAUAGGCCCCACUGUGCUUAAUUGCUCUCCAAAACAUAUCCCAACAAAUAUAUCUCAACCGUGUGCUAUAAUUUAUUGGUAAAUUGAAAAAGAAAAACAAAGAAAAUAGAGAAAAAAAAAGAACACCAAAGCUUGUGCAUACUCAUAACCCAUAUCAAUUGUAU